AUGGCUCGUUCUACUCGUGCCUCGUCCCCGCCGUCUUCGUCCGUGAAGCGAGUCACACGCGGCAAUGUAUCCCCACCAUCGCCGCCGAAGCCCACUGUCAUCAAGCCGAGUAGGGAGGUCAUUCGGUCGAACGUGUUGGAGCUGCACAAAGCCGGCCUCUCCUACCGCCAGAUCGCCGACCAACUCGGUCUCCUUUGGCACACAGUGCGUGCAAUCCAUGUACGCUACUCGGCGAGGGGCGGGACGCAGGAUUCGCCGCGAUCUGGACGUCCGACCAAGGUUUCUUCGACUGCCGCCGUAAACAUCGUGCAGCAGAUUAAGACCGGAGAGUCGCAGACAGCUACCGAAGUCGCCGCCACCAUGCGCAAAUGGAAGCUCUGUGAUGUCACUACAGAUACGAUCAGGAACGGGCUGCGGCGGGAGGGUCUCUUUUGUGCGGCGAAGGAACAACAACUCUGUCUGUUUGUGGCGUGUGUGGGUGCACCGCUCGACGACAGGUCGGUCCAGGGCACUGUCAAGUUCGGAGGAGGGCACAUCAAUGUGUGGGGAGCGAUUUCGCGUUACGGCAUCUCCUUCUUCUCCGAGCUCGGCGACCGCAUGAACGGCGACGUCUACCUCUCCGUUCUGAAUGAGGAGUUGAAAGACAGUCUGGCCGCUUGGGGAAACGACCCAAACCUGAUUUUCAUGCAGGACAACGCGCCCUGUCACAAGCGGAAGGACGUGAUGAAAUGGUUCAACAACCAGAACCUCACCCUCUUGGAGUGGCCUGCGAACUCCCCCGACCUCAACCCCAUCGAGCAUGCGUGGAACAUGGUCAAGAACGCUGUGUACAAGCAGCGGGAGAUCACAAACCAAGACAUGCUCUGGGAGCGCUUCCAAGAGGUCUACCACAAGGUCCUCACCGUCGAGGUCUGCACCUCGCUCAUUUCAUCCAUGCCGCGCCGCAUCAAAGCAGUUUUGGAUGCCCAUGGUGGUUAUACCAAGUAUUGA